AUGUCUUCAAUCAUCCCUACUCUCUCUCUCUCUUUCUCCUUAUUAAUCUCUUUCGUCUUUUCUAAAAAUCCUCUCAUUUGCCCCCAACCAAAGAAUAAAACCAUCGUCUCUAUUUUUUUUUUCAUAAAAAUUCGAUUCCCAAGAUCAGAAAAACGGAUUUUUUCCUCUUUUCUUGUGACGCCGAUGUGGUUCGAUAUCAAUCGAUUCCACCUUCUCGUUCUCCUCACUUGGCAAUUCUCCAUAUUUUUUGCUUCACAACAAAUCUUUCCGAUUUUUUCGAAUUAUGUCCCACAAUGGAAAUGCGGAGACAGUGAGCCAACAUCGGACUGCGACGUCUACCAAACAUGCAAAGCCAACCUAACAUUCGUAAAUGUGGCAUUCAAAUCAGCGGCAAUGGAAUAUGACUGGAUUUGUGGAAAGUCUGCGUACCUGAAAUCUCUUUUCUCUCAAAUUCAAUUUGCUGGAGUAUUAUGUGGAACAUUUUCUUUUGGAGCAGUUUCAGAUGUUGUUGGAAGAAAACCAGUUGCAGUCUUUGCACUUUCUCUUGGAAUCCUCAUGAACUUUGUGACAGGAUUGGCUCCAAAUUACCAACUUCUCCUUGGCAUCCGAUUCUUCCUGGGCCUUUCCGUCGGAGGAACUCUUGUUGUUGUAUGCACUUUUGUCAUGGAAAUGCUCCUCCCAAAACAGAGAAUGGCACUUCGAGCAUUCUUUAAUUGGGGAGUAGCUCGUCUUAUGAUGACACUGAUUGCAAUGGCGCUUCCAGAAUGGAGAAUCUCUUCAAUCGCAUGUGCAAUUGCUGCUCUUCCAGCACUUAUCAUUAUUAUUUUUGUGUUCCCGGAAUCUCCAACUUGGUUACAUAACAAGGGAAGACUGGAUGAGAUGAAGAAAAGUGAGAAGCAUAUCGCCAAGAUGGCUGGAGUUUCGUAUGUUCCCAUUGAGCAUCAGAAAAUUGAGCAUUCCAAGACAGUAAUGGAAAUGCUCCAAACAAAAGGAUUAAUGCGUCGUCUAUUUGUUCUCUGGUCCAUGUGGUUCGUUGCCUCAAUCUGUGGAUAUGCAACUGAUUUGAAUUCGAAUACUAUUUCUGGAGAUCUCUUCGUCAAUCAAAUUCUCUUCUCCAUUCUCAUCGCCGUUUCCAAAAUGAUCCUCGUCAUUUUCGACACUCAUGUUCCUUCGUUCCGUCGCAGAACUCUUCAUCAAGGAGCUCAACUUGUUGUCUGCAUAUGCUUCCUUAUUCUCACUUUCAUGACUUUCUAUGGAUACACUGGUCUUGCCUUCCUGAUUGUGAACCUGAUUGGAACAGUUUUCAUCGAGUAUACAUGGGAUGCUUGCUAUCUUUGUGCCGUCGAAAGUAUGGAGACCGCUUGUCGUGCAUCCGCCACUGGAACAUGCUCACUUGUGGCCAGAAUCGGAGCUAUUCUUGCACCUAUGCUAAACUACGCAAAUCUCUGGUGGCCUCCAUCUGUCUACCUCACUGUCGUACUUCUCGGAACUAUCAAUCUCAUCAUCUCAUACUUCUUCUUGGUUGAAACUAAGAAUGUCAAUCUUGACAACGUCCACAUCGACCCAUCAUCUGAAGAGGGAACGCCAAUGAUCGACGAGAAACCGUCACAGAAAUCAGAUCAAUAG